AUGGCCGCAGAACUUAUCCCAGAUUUUGUCCUUUCAUCUAACAACUCUGAAACAGAAGAUCACUUGGCCAAGAUGGGUGAUUCGAAAGGAACAGAAGCUGAGGGGAGUUCCCCGCCUUCAGGAACCAUCGCGAAGUUGACCUGCGACAUUCUCAAUGAGACAUUCUACAACAUCAUCCAUGAUAUCGUUGCUCAAGUUCAUCGCGAUGAAAAGCUCGCUCGCAUGCGCUCCGCAGUGGUUGUUGCCAGACAGAAAGCCGAAGAAGAAGUAGCCAGGCGUCGCGAAGAUGCAGGCGGCAAGGCUACGGGAUCCGUGGAUUCAGAAGACCUCAAGGACAUCCGAGUAGAAACGGAUGGUGCGGUGUUCGAGGACGGCAAGGUCUUUCUCAAAGGCAAUCCUCUCCAGACAACAAAGGAAAUUAUCUGUCCUGAUUGUCGCUUGCCACGUCUGCUAUAUCCAGUAACCGGAGUCGGCGCUCGUCCGCCUCCAGAUCCGUAUCGCGAAUACUGUCAGAAUCAGCCACUGAUCACAAAACCUGGACACGAUGUGCACGGAAAUCCCUUCGCUACGGACAAAUUGAACCCAAAGAAGAAAAAGCAGACUAAUGCUUCCAAUACUCCCGCGUCCAGCCCUCCAACCACUCCUGAUAGCUCUUUCAAUAAGACCCAGGAGAAGGUGUCAUAUCCCACUGUGAAAUGUCCCAACUGUCCGAGAUACUUUGUGGUGACACGAGUUGCUCAGCAUCUGGACCGUUGCAUGGGUUUAUCGGGUCGACAGACCAACCGUAACAAAACGCCCAUGGAGAAUGGCAACGGCUCUCCAAGCACUGGACCUCCGAAGCGUCCACUGGCGGAUGAUGACGCACCGCCGACUUUGACAAAAAAGAAGAAGCUCAACACACACAAAAAGCUAUCUGGAAAGAAACCACCCCUACCCCCAAGCAGCAAACUGAGAAACGGUCUGACCCCUGAUAUGGCUGCAGCCGCAGAUGCGGCGGCCUCUGGGGAUGUUGACAUCAAACGUGAAGCCAAGGACAACGCAUGA